UCCGGGUUGGCGCGCGCUUUCGAGUGAGACGAUUUCGAUUCAAAAUAAGUCAGUCAAAUGCAAUGAAAAAUGUCAAAACGCGAAGGACAUUAUAAAUGUAAUAAUUACAUUAAAAACAUAGCUGUUGUCGUUUAAGUGCAUAAUGACGAGCGUCACGUCAACUUCGAACCAACUUUCGUUCUGUGGCAAGAUCAUCACAUUUAAUCACGUCGUAAGGGAAAACAAGGCCAGCGAGGUAACGUUCUGUGACUUUUCUUUCCAGCCGGAGCAUGAGGUGUUUAUGAAAGCAUCACAAGGAUCUGCUGUCAUCCUCCACAAAAGUGCCGCCCGCGUGGACGCUUUUAUCAAAUCAAAAAGCGUCGUUUGUGUUCAAAGUAGGACCUCUACACCGUGUGUGCUUGUCUCGAAAAAGAACAAGAAGUCAGAUUUUUUUCUAUAUAAAACUUUCAUUCUGAGCGACUCAAACCAGCUGAAGCCCAGCAUUGAGUUCUCACUCCCUCACCGCUUGAGUGGGGAUGUUUGUAUCCUUCAGGGUCCAACUGUGCUGUGGACACAUGGUGAUGCUGUGUUUCAUGCGUCAAGUAGGUCAGGUGAGGUCAAACAAGUACCUCUCCAGUUAUCCCACUGUCUUAUUGGUGAGCUCCCGCUAGUUAAGAGACAAGUGUUCAUACUGGGACAGCAACAGGGCUCAAGUAAACAAACAGUGGCCUACUUGCUUGGGAGCGGUCGCACUGUGGACGGUUCUCAGAUUUUACCUCAUCCAUACAUUGGCAUCACACAGUGCAUCAAUGUUCUGUCUGCGUGCAUAGCAGGCGACGUUCUGCGGUGCACUGUGGUUGCAGCCACUGCCAAUCGGCAACUUGUUUACUUGGAGAAUGGCGUGGUGGAACACACGUGCACACUCCCAUAUGAAAGUCCUGAAGCUAUACAAGUGGUCGACACAGGAAGAAAUGGAGUCAUCUUUGUCGUAGCUUUCGCCCAUGGCAACGCCUGUGCUGUGUGGAAGGAUACAUUUCAAAUCGCCACCCAGUGGUCAAAAGUGAGUUCUGUUCACGUGGAUGACUAUCUCCGAUGCGGCACAGAACAGAUAUUGUUGGUUUUUCACGAUGACCGUGUAUCGGGGCAGUUGCUGGAUCAUUUCCUCAUCACGGACCUUUGCGGAAUCUCCUAUUCUCGUGGCGAGCAUUGCAGUGCAGCUGCAAAAAUGUCCCCUCCACCAGAGAACCACCUCACAAUGAAAGCUUUGGAGUCCAGACUGCAGAGUGGACUCAGCGCGCUGCAGGAGCUCCAAGGGGAAGUGAAAGUGAAGGACAAAGUUUUGCGGCAGUCAUUGCAAGUGCUUAUUGGCGUGGUUCAACAUCGAAAACCUAAUAUCACAACGCCUGAGCAGGAAGGACUCGUCGCUCUUUGGGAGAGUGAUGACGAGUCAAAGGAAGAGGCCACCGAUGACGAGACCAGAGUCAUGCCAACGGUGCUCUGCGGACCUCACAUUGACAAGUUUUGGCAUCGCGUCUCGGACGGACGAAUGGUCGUGGGAGUGAUACUCGCUGCCGACAGCUCAGUACCAGCAAUGGGUUCGAGCUUAUCCAUGGUGACACAGGCAAGCCACGGCUCGGCGCCCGCAGUCAUCCGGUCCCAAAGCCGUGUGUCGUGGCUCCCCCCACUCGGCGCCUCCGCCUUCCUGGAGCCGGCAGCCAAAAGAAGCAAGAGGCACCACGCGGGCGGCCUGAAUGAUCUCAACACGGCCAGACUCGCCGUGACUGCCGUGACCGAGCUGGCGCCUCUGUUGAACUCUGCCUGCGUCAAGUGCAAUGUCAUGCUCCAUUACACCCCGAGACAGGACAAUACAGCACUCGCCCGUCCACAGCCGAUGGUCCUCCAUUGUGGUCAAGUUAGUGUGGACGUUCACGCUGACUUCAACACCCAACUGUUGAGCAGCCCGGAGCUCAAAACAGAUAUGGCUCUGGAGGACUUGCUGUCUCUGUUGUCGGUGCUGGAUCACUGGACUUUCCACAUAGAUUCCCCCGAUCACAGUUUGGGUGAUAUUGACGGCUGGCUGCAGAGGAGAGUGGGAUCUAAGAGGGUACAAGUAAGCCCUCAGCAUCAACUAUUCACUUCUCAAGGACUCUCAUCCCUCUCACUGUUGCGCUGGCGUCACAUCAGCCCGUUCCUAGGGGAACUGGCGGUCCACUCCAGCCACUUACAAAUGCUCAAGCUUUUGGACACCCUGCUAGAUUAUCUUCCAUCUUCCUGCUCCAUCCAGCCCAUCCGUGCAAUAAGAGAGAGGUCAUCCGACAUACUCGCUUUAGCUUUGGAGAAAGAAGUGGCAUCACUACGAGAGUUUGUGUCACCGCUACCGCGUGACGAACAGAAGAGCAACAAAAGGGUAAUGGGACCUGAGGAUAACCAUGACCCGGGCACGCCCGAGGGGCUUCAGAGUUGUAGACUAGCCUGGCAACAGGACGUGGAAAGGAGUCUGCAGAAUUUAAACCCACAGUUGGACGUGAGCAGGUACCGCAAGUUUAUCCAAAAGCUGUCUGACGCCCAGCUCGAUGGGGAUUUAGCCGCUCUCGUGGAGACUCAGAUGAAAUAAUGCUAUUUUUGCUGACAUUAUACAUUGAAAGAAAAUAACAUUCGGCCUUCAAGAGCAAACUGAUGCUGACUCGGAUACAUUCUUUUGUCGCAUCCUGUCUCCGCACGAGCGUAUUUCCACUUGAUCACCUCCGAGGUGCCAUCUUUUCAAUCUGCUGCGCUCUGUUCGUCUUAAUCCUCCAGACUAUGUGUCCUCAAACCAUUUGUUGGCGCUCUCUAGUUUCACCCCGAAGUGAGACAUGUCAGGGGAGGUGAUAGGAUGGCACAAAGAAAAGCUUUUACUGCUUCUUUCACCUCACGGUUCACCCGUCUUCCUGCGACACGAUACAGUUUCACAUGUGAUGCUGCUGGGAAAAUGCCACACAAGUGCACAAGAUGUCUUUUAGAUUGUUUUUGACCAGCUUUGUAUCAUAAAUUGUUCAGAGGGAUGUCUAUACAGUAUGUGCUCAUUUCACAAUACCAUAAUUUUCAGACUAUAAGCUGCUCCUUUUUUUCCUUUAUUUUGAAUCCUGCAGCAUAUUGUCAGUACGGCUUUUUUUUUUUAUUUAUUUGGGUUAAUAAGUAACACUUCUUUAUUUGACAGCGGCGUCAUUAGACUGUCAUAGUUGUGACAUGACACUAUCAUGGGCAUUACUGAAUGCUUAUGACAGAUGUCAUUAGGUGUCAUCCGGCAAAUUAUGUAACUACUCGAAUCUUUUACAUCCAUUCAAAAGUGAGUUAAUUUGCCGGAUAACACUAAAUGACAUCUGUUAUAAACAUUCAUUCAUGCUCAUGACAGUGCCAUGUAAUAAUUAUAAUUUUCCAAUGACAGUCUUAUGGCGUGACUGUCAAAUAAAUUGUUAACAACUGGGACAGUAACUGAAGACAUAAUUAGCACAUAAUAUGAAUUUUUGAUUGUUAUUUACAUCUGUGGCGCUGCAAUGCUUGCUAGGAGGCAUGUUGGACAACAACAGUGUUGUCAGCAGGUGGCAGCAGAGUUUGACUAUCUCCCCAAAGGGAGCAGUGAUGGCCAAAUGAAGCUUCUUAAGGCAAUGAAGCUUUGCAGCCAAUUGGUUCAAAGCUUCAUUGUGGUUCAUUUGGUCUUAUGACAGUCGUAUGAUGCCGCUGUCAAAUAAAGUGUUACCGGUUAAUAUCAUUUGGUGUAAAUAUCCCAUAAUACAGUGAGGACAGCUGCGACCUAUCUAUGAACAAAUGUUGUUUUCGUGUCACAUUUGGUGGGUGGCUAUUUUGAUAGUCAAAAAAAAGUUUUUGUUGAAAUAAAAAUGACUAAAUUAUUAUUUUUUCUUUCUUUUUUUAGCCUGUCAGCACAGUUUUCUUUCAUUUCCCUUUUUUGUUAAAAAAAUGGAGGGUAGCAGUAAAUAUUCUUUAUUCUUAUUUUUUAUCAUUUUUGUUUUUCUAUAUUAAAAAAGAAGAAUAACUGUAAGUAUUCAUUUAUAUACUGUAAAUGUAUGUAAAGUAUAUUCAUAUGUUUUUUUAUCUUUACACUUGUUCAGAAAAAAUAGGU